AAUAUGUCUUUACAGGUUUUUGGAAUUUGCCUAUCAGAAACCUGCAUCAUACCCAUCUACUUAUUGAUUGUAGGAUGAAACACGAGAAAUUAUAACAGCUACCGUGAUAAACGAACAAAUUAUUCUCUUCCCUAGUUAAGAAAUAUUGAUCACUGCAGUGAACAUUGCAGUUUCUCUUCUUUCUUCUACGAUUCGGUUGCCUUUCUCGAGCCUUCUGAAAAGAAUUUAGGUGUUUUAGUAAAAUGUCUACUUUAAGUCAACAAAGAAAGUUGGUUGAACAACUUCGACAAGAAGCAAAUAUAAAUCGCCGUCCAGUCUCAGAAUGUGUACAAGAUAUGAUUGUUUAUAUGGAGCAGAACAGAGAUAAGGAUUGUUUAGUCUCUGGAUUCGCUAGUAAAAAGGAUAAUCCAUUUCAAGAGAAGGGUGGUUGUACUGUGAUUUAGACAGUAUUAUGAGAGAAAGAUCAAUCUCAACUGUUCUUUAUCUUUUCUUUAUGUGUUGUAAUUUUAUUGUUUCGCUUUUGUGCAGUGCGCUCAUACGCGCUUGUCAGCAAGUGUAUGUAUGAGCACAUCGUUGUUCGAUUAACCACUACUUCUAGUCAUCAAUACACUUGUCCAGUUUAUGUGCAAGUGAAUUUUUAGCAAUAAAUUCUAAAAAAGAAAAACUACUUCAUUCCUUUUUGCUUCUUUUUUUAUGGUGGUUUUCACUCUAAGUUUCAGUGACCAAGUGAACACGAUAUUUGUAUUCCAACGUAUUCCUUUCAUUCUCUAACCCCGAUUUAAAGUUAUGUGUUGAACAAAUCCGUCCAUGCAGAAGUUCACUUCAUAUUAAAAUC